AUGAGGUAUCUACUGGGUGCAUUGUUGCUGGCGUCUUCGGUGUUGUGUGAUCGUAAUGAUGUAGAAAACUCGAAAUUAGGUAGAAAAUAUAAGUUGGUGUACAAUGCAGCGACAUGGCAGGACGCUAAGCACACUUGUUUGAGCAACGGCGGCAAGCUUGCGGUUCCUAAAUCCCAGGAUGAAUUCAACGUGAUCCAAGGUCAGAUCCGGAAGAUGUAUUAUCCCAGCAUAAUCGGUUGGACUGGCAGCAGACUGCUGACGUGGGUCGGCAUCAGUAGCGUCGAGGAGCCAACGUGGAGGAAUGUGGACGGUGAGGACAUAGAAAAUACUGGUUUUUCGACGUGGGCUAUAGGGAACGGCGAGAAAAGUAGCAACCCUAAAGAGCCUCAUUGUGCUGUGAUGGACGCCGCCAGCCCUGGCCUACGAAGCUUCUGGUGCCACUACAAACAACCCUUCGUAUGCGAGUUUCAUCGCAACCCUUAAUGUAUAU